UACAUGCUGUCAGCAUGGAGAAAAUUCCCCUAUACAUAGUCAGAGACCGAGAGCACUUUCUUCUCUACUUUCACAUCUCUUUCCUCUUCCAAACAGCACACAUCUAACAGCUUCCAGCUCUAUUCUAAGAGUGAAGAUGUUUGUCCUAAUGCCAUUUUUAAUUAUUCUCUUGACAUCGGACUACAGCAAAGGUGAAGUAAAGAUGCUUCCUUUAGACCACCAGACAGUGAAUUGCAAUGAGAGGACUGUCUUAAAAUGCAGAGUCAGCUCAUCAAUGCCACUGAAUAUUGUUAAAGUGUACUGGAAGAAACAAGACGAGAGAGAUUUCGAAUGUGAUCCAGAAUCCAGAAACAACCCUCCAGGAUUUGAGUGCAACUACACAGGGGAAGCACUGACAUUAACCAUCUCAAAUCUCACACCAGCAAACAUGGGCACGUACUUUUGCUGUAUAAGGACAGACUCCGGACAUGGAAAAGACAAAAUUGACGUGUCUAUAGGACAAUGCCCUGGAGAAUUCUCCAACCCGAUGGCUGGACCUGAACAAGUGCAGUGUAGCUUCAGUGGUGUGUACCCAAAGGCCAUGAUAAACUGGUAUCAUUAUGAAAAAAACCUGACUUCCAACUCUACAACCACAAGCCUGGAGAACUCUGAUGGAACGUUCAACAUCACAAGUGUCCUCAACACCCAGGACAAACAUAAGAGAUAUAACUGCUCACUGUGGUCACUCAAACACGGACGAUACAGUGAUCAAGAGAUUGAAGUGGAAGAUCAAGCCAAAUUCAGUCCUGUUAGCGGGAUCAGCUCACAACUUUGUUUAUCAUGGGCUCUUAUCCUUCUCAGCCUGAUGUUUUCAUCGAGAGCCUGUUUGUCUUUAUAAUCUUUACAUAACAACUAGGGCUGGGCAAGUUAAUGUGUUAUUAUUGCUUUAAAUGAUCAAUGCCGAUAACAGUUUUUUUAUUAUUAUGAAAGUCUGCUACUCACUGCCACUGAAUACACAUAAAGACAAAUCAUGGGUCACCGCAUCAGCAUUCACAAACAGAUAAUUAUGCAACAAGCUCAUAAUCACGACUUCAUAAAUAGGAAAUAGGAAGUUUCCGAUAACACGUGAAGACAGCAGAGAAGCGCUUGCUCAGCACGGUUGGAGGGCAUUGUUUUGUUAACUUUCUGAAAACUGUUUACAAUAGAAAUGUUUAGCGAGUGAUAGUAACAGACUAUCUAGUGAUGCAAAAACUACUGAACCUGUGAUGAAAUUCACCGUUUUGAAUUGAAAAUAUUCGAUAGGCCCUUUUCAUAGCAAUACUUUUAAAUGAAAAAAGUGCACAAUAUACUACUUUUGAAUGCAUUGUUAGUUUAGUGAAUAACAAUGCAAUUAAUUGCAGACAAUCAUGCAAUUAAUCAUGAUUUUUUUUUUUAUUAUUGUCAUUACCCAGCACUAAUAAUAACCCAACCCCACUUUCACAAGACCUGACAACAAAACCAAAUAUCUGGAGUUUCAUAAAUAGAAUUUGCCAAACAAAUUGAUCAUCUAUUCAAUAUAGGGGUAGACCUUUUGCCUGACGUGUGGUAGGUCUGGAUGUAAUGAAAGACCAGUGAAUCCCUAAAGACAUGGCCACUUAAUAUGGCAGUUAAGUGACAUUUGACCCUCAACUUCAAGACAUGACUUGAUUUAUUGGGUUCAUAUGAAAAACCCAAACUAUUUCAAACAGCACUUUGAAAAUGUAUAUAUACCCAUUCUUUACGCUAAAUAAUGUAUGACCUCCAAUGUAUUGAAAGAGUACACUGAAUAUACAGUAAAAAUGGUGAAAAGCUUAGCCAUUUUAGUGUCAUUUAGAUACAGUUAUAGUUUUUAAAAAAUAGUUUGAAUACGUUUUUAUUUGUAUAUUUUGCAUUUUCAUGUAAUUUUUUGUUCAAGUCUAUUUGUUUAAAUUUAUUUGUUUUUUUGUCAUUUUAUUGUCUCUAAUGUCUAUAUGGUUGUAU